ACAGGGCAUGAAUUUCAGUGGUGGUGGUGUAGGCGAUGUCUUUUAAAUUGAAUCAUAGGAAUUCUCGUCAGCACUGUAUUUUUCUUUGUAUGUGUUUACAAACAUACACCUCAACGAAUUCGCUCGCGACAGACGCUGUCAUCAGCCUGUCGUGUGUUUGUGUGCAUGUAUUAACCGUCAUUUUUGUGAAUUUAAAUGCUGACUGCUUUGCGUUUCAGUGCAGUCGUGUGUUAUUUUGUCCUACAGAAAUAAAUAAAUAAAUUAAUAUCGAACGUUUAUUGGGGCAUCGUCAUCUGUUUGAAUUACUGGACGUGAGUAUAUGUUACAUGGCUUUCUAUAUUAAGCACAUUAUGAAGUUUUACAGCUCUAGUAUAUAAGGACAUAGCUUUUUAUAAUGUGUAUGUUGUUGGUUUACAAAGACGCGACGCGAAUCGAAAACAAACGCGUUGUCAUGGCAGCGCUGCGUUUUGAAAUUUAACAAACUUGUCUGUGCAGCUGUUGAGUACGUGUGCUUGACUCCUGACCCUCAGACUUAUUUUAGCAUCAAGUCAGGUCAUGUUUGCAGCUUUUAAGGGCAAGACGUCCAACUGACGAUUUUAUCUUUAAACUUUGUUUCUAUGUUAAACAUUAGUCCCUUAAAAGAAGCGAGUACUCCCCCCCCCACACACACUGUAGUAGGCGUGUCAUAUUUUCUUAUUAAAAACAAUAGGAUCCGGAUAGACGGGGUAUUGGAACAAUUUUAAUCUUGCUUGCUUUUUUUACUUGUACUUUGAAUCACUAUUAUGAGAAUAAUAUGUUAAAAAUAUGUUAGCAGUAAAAAUCUGUUUAUUCCUACUAACGUUAUUUAACCUCCAAUGACAAAAUGCUCUCACAUAUACAUAUCCAUUCAAUAACUGACUUUUCCCAGUGUGCCCCCCGAACAGCAACAUAUGGGAGUCGAACUAAAUGUUUUUGUAUCUAAUUUCAAGGACAGACCUUUCUAUACCACUCCUAGUGUUACCGCGUUUGUCUAGACAUCAUAAAAGGAUAGAGGAGCGAUUGUGCUGGGGAUCAUCUCAUUUAUCAUUCUUUCUCUCUUUCUUGCCGUUUUAUCCUCGGUUUUAUGGGUAUUUUUGAGACAAAGGCAAUGGGACGCUUCCAGUCUUGACCCAUGAGGCCGCAGGUUAAGUGACCCUUUCAUGGAUGCUCUGCUUCCGUAGUCAUCGGAGAACUGGGAUCGAAAUCGGAGAGAAGGCCCUCUCCUGUUUGACCUUUAGAUCUGGACAGGGGACCCCUCUUAUCUGAAGGUGUGAGCGUUGGAGACGAGGUGAGAUGGAGUCAGAGGAGAGAGAAGGACGCAGUUUGGUGAAGGUGAUCAGUGAAAAGUACAACACUGAUAAUUUUCCAUUCUGCCGCGGGCCAGGGGUUGGAGUAGUGAUCCGGUCGAGUCCUCAGGGCUCACCUGUCAAAGAUCGUCUAAAUCUGCCCAGAAUCCUGAUCCUGGAUGGUUGUGGAAUCACAGAGGCAGGAGAUGAGGAGGAGGUGUCUACUUUCUGUGCUCACGUGGUAGAGCUGGACCUCUCUCAUAACCAGCUGAAAGACUGGGGAGAGAUAAGUAAGAUCCUGUCUAAUAUUCCUAACCUGGACUUUCUCAAUCUGAGUAUGAAUCCACUAAGAGGGUCAAGUCUGGAGGCGGGAGCGGCUGAAGCGUUCUCAGGCCUCCGCCGCCUCGUUCUCAAUAACACACAUGUGACCUGGGAUAUGGUGCACACGCUGACACGAGAAACCCCGGAACUUGAGGAGUUGUUUCUAUGUCUGAAUGAGUUUGAGACCGUAAGCUUGUCAUCUGCACCGUGCCCAUCCCUGCGGCUGCUGCAUAUCACAGAUAACCAGCUACAGCACUGGGCGGAGGUGCGCAAGCUGGGCCUCUUGUACCCAGGCCUGGUCUCUCUCAUCCUGGCCAACAACUCUCUUUUAUCGAUCCACGAACCCAAUGACUCCCUGCAGAGACUCUUCCCAAACCUGCGCAGCAUUAAUCUACACAACUCAGGUCUCGCCCACUGGGAAGACAUUGAGAAACUAAAUUUCUUUCCAAAGCUUCAUGAGGUCAGAGUUCAGGGAAUUCCUCUACUGCAGCCAUAUACAGAUCAGGAAAGACGAUUCCUCACAGUCGCACAGUUACCUGCUGUGGCCGUAUUGAACGGCAGUGUCAUCACUGAUGGAGAGAGGGAGGACGCAGAGCGGUUUUUUAUCCGCUACUAUCUGGACUACCCUGAGGACGAGUUGCCACAGAGGUACCAGACUUUGGUAGCACGCUACGGUCGCCUGGCUCCGCUCGCAGAGGUGGACCUGCGACCUCCCUGUCAUGUCCAGGUAGACUUGCGUUUUGGAGAUCAUGCAGAGCCCCUGGAGCUCAGACUGGAUCAAACGGUGGCCGACCUGAAGAAGCAGUUAAAAUCCGUGCUCCAGCUACCUCCAAACAAGAUGCGCAUGUACUACAUUGGCCGUCACCUUGGAUGUGCGCUAGAUCCCCAAGAGCUCAAAUAUGGCGGUAGAGCACUUCAUUCCUACAGUAUACGGGAUGGAGAUGAGAUCUUGGUGGUGCCCAAGACACAGUGACGGAAACCAUCGGAUCAAUCGUUUUUGCGAGGAGUGCUUGAGAUGUUUCUCCGUAGCUAAAGCAGAAGGGAUUUCAUCUUCCGAUACAUGAACACUGUGCAGUGACACGGUACAUCAGUGCUGCGAAUUACAACGGAGAGAAACUAAUAACCAGAAGCCAACCUGGUUAAUUGGAUAACCUUUGAUCUGAAUAAAAACCCUUUUGCUGUUUUCAGAUGUGUGAAUGCUAAAAAAUGGUGUGGACUUUUAAAAACUUUUAAAAACUAAAAAAAUGUAUUCUUAUUCCCAGUAGUUUUUUUGUUCGUUUAUCAGACUGCUUCUCAGGAAUUACCCACAACCCCAUAGCUUUUCAAAUGUAUAAGCACCUUUUUACCAAUUGGGAGUCUUGAUAACAAAAAACCAAAGUAAAAAUUCCAUAUAAAUAUAUAUAUAUAGUUUCACAAUCUACAUAGUCAGAUUCCUUACACCUAGUUUUCUUGUGUUACAAAAUCAGGUAGGUAUACCCAUAUGUCUAUACGCACUAUACAUGGUAUUUGUUUAAAUAUAAGCUCUCCGUCCUGCUGUCUAGAUUCUAGAACCAUGUUCAUAAUACUUAUCAAUCCCCUUAUUGCAAAAACUGCAAAUAUUGGAUAUAACUAGCGUCUUCGUAAAGAAAUUUCCAUGAGUGGAACUGUAAAUUAUAGGAAAAAGUAGCGAACCGAGAACAGGACACGCACUUUUCAAUUCAUUCUUAGUGAGAUCUAAAUGGCAGACUUGUAGGAUUGAUGGAAAAAGCUUGCAGCCAAUAAUGUCUGCCAUUUAUGUCUAAACCCCAGUUUACAUCCGGUAUUAAGAUUUGAGCGUGGAUUUUGGGUGCUUUGGUCGAUCGGAUCACAAGUUUAAGAGAGAAACACGUUCCCGUUCAGUUGGCGAUCUAAAAGCAAUCCAGUCAAAUGCGUUCGACCACCUCUGUAUGUGGUUGAAAGUGAACAACUUCAAAAAGACCCUUUUAAGACCCUGUUUACACCUGUAUUUAUCAUUGUCCACUUGUGAUCUGAUCGACCAAAGUGCAUCUUAAAGAAAUAGUUCACCCAAAAUGAAAAAUCUGUCAUUAUUUACUCAUAUAAAUAACACAAAUUAAGAUAUUUUAGCCAAGCCAAUCAGAAGCCCAAUUGACAUCCAUAGUAGGAAAAAAGAAUACUAUUGAAGUCGAUGGGGCUUGUGGUCGAUUUGGUUACAAAAAUUCCUCUUAAAAUAUCUUCCUCAGAACAAAGAAAUGUAUACAGGUUUGUAACAACAUGAUGUUGAGCGUAUGAUGACAGAUUUUUCAUUUUUGGGUGAACUAUCACUUUAAUACCAGGUGUUAACAGGGCCUAAAUCUAAAUUCAUGUGCUUUCUUCACAUUGUCACUCACAUUUGUUUAUCCAGAAUUUUAAAAGCAUGCAUUUGCUGUGGCUGGGUUACUGAACCUUAAUUAAAUUUGCACCGUAUGUAUACUUGUGGUGUCAGAAAUAAAGUUUGUGAAUGAUGCUUA